AUGUCAAUACCGAUCUCGGCUCUUUUGGUCAACGGUAGCGCCACGCAGCCACAAGAUCGAUGGACUUACCUGAACAAGGUACUUUCAACAACAUCGCCAUAUGCAGGAGAAGAAUUCGUUCCUGGUGAAGAGACCAUAGAUGCACUGGAAACCUCAAGGGUAUUAGUGAUUGGUGCGGGUGGGCUUGGAUGUGAGAUAUUGAAGAACCUCGCACUAUCAGGAUUCAAAGACAUUCAUGUCAUUGACAUGGACACCAUCGAUGUCUCGAAUCUAAACCGACAAUUCCUUUUUCGUCAGGCGGAUGUUGGUAAAUCAAAAGCUGAAGUGGCAGCCGCGUUCGUGGAGAAGCGUGUUCCUGGAGUGAAGAUCACACCAUACAACGGGAAAAUUCAAGACAAAGACGAAGACUACUAUAUGCAAUUCAAACUGGUUGUGUGUGGACUUGACAGUAUCGAGGCUCGGAGAUGGAUCAACGCUACAUUGGUCGAUAUGGUCGAUAUGGACAACCCGGAAUCUCUCAAACCUCUGAUUGAUGGCGGAACGGAAGGUUUCAAAGGCCAGGCACGUGUUAUUCUCCCUUCUCUCACCUCAUGUAUCGAAUGUCAGUUAUCUAUGCAUGCACCCAGGGCGGCUGUACCGCUCUGCACCCUGGCAACCAUUCCGCGACAACCCCAGCAUUGCAUCGAAUGGGCUCACAUUAUCGCAUGGGAGGAGCAACGGAAGGAUGAUACCCUCGACACCGACGAUCCAGAACACAUUACUUGGCUCUACACCAAAGCUCUUGCCCGAGCGAAAGAGUUUAACAUUUCAGGGGUCACAUACUCCAUGACCCAAGGGGUGGUCAAGAACAUCAUCCCAGCCAUUGCCAGCACCAACGCCAUCAUCGCCGCCGCCUGCUGCAACGAGGCGCUGAAGAUCGCCACAUCCUGUGCACCCUUUCUUGAAAACUACAUGAUGUAUACGGGCGACUCGAACGAAGCAGGCCUGUACACAUACACUUUCGCGGCCGAGAAGAAGGAUGAUUGUCCUGUGUGCGGUAAUCUUGCGCAGAAUAUUACAGUUGACCCGGAGAUGACGCUUGAGGACUUCCUAGCCGGUCUGGCAGAGCGAGCGGAAGCGCAAUUGAAGAAGCCAAGCAUUCGCACCGAAGCGAAGACGCUAUAUGUCCAAGCGCCCAAGAGCCUGGAAGAGCAGACGAGGCCGAACUUGACCAAAAAGCUCCGAGAUCUGUUGAGUGAUGGCGAGGAGGUGGGCGUGUCUGAUCUGGCAUUCCAGAUCUCGUUCAAAUUCCGAUUGUCGUUCAAGUGA